CUGAAGCUGGCCCAGUUCCUGGGCGACAAGUCCGCCGCCGUCCUCCUCGUCUCCGUCAACGGCCAGGUCGUCGGCCGCACCGCCAUCACCGGCACCUUCACCGAGGAGAAGGGCGAGCGCGGCACCCUCUGGUUCGGCGGCCAGCUGCUGGACAUGAUCCCCGGCCAGGGCCCCGAGAAGGACGAGUACGUGGUCAAGAUCGAGCUGCUCAACGACCUGCCCAAGGACAGCGGCGCCAUCAUCGCCCUGGUCGACCCCGGGAGCGUCGCCCACACCGCCUAA